AUGGGGUGUCGCCCGAUGGUUUUGCUCGACGCUGGCGAGGCCAAGGAGCUUGUGCCUCUCAAAAUGCUCUUCAUGGUGCACAACUACUGUUAUUCACUGGUCGCCUACCUUCCAAUUUUCUUCGAGGACUCGAACUUCUCGAAGAGUGAAAUUGGCAUUCUUCUCGCAAUUCCACGCCUCUGCACGAUUAUCGGGCCGCCGGUCUGGGGAGCAAUCGCCGACGUACAGCACCGCCACAAGGAAGUUCACAUCUUGUGCCACAUUUCAUCGGCAUUGUUCAUCUUCUCGAUCCAGUUCGUGAACUCGUUCCCGCUCAUGUGCGUCACCGUGUUCGCGGUCUACUGCCAAAUGGUUCCAACUCUGGCGCUGCUGGAUCUUGCGGCGAUGAAGCUCACUGGUCGCUAUGGAGGUGACUAUGGCAAGCAGAGACUUUACGGAGCUUUCGGAUAUGGUGUUGGCGGCUAUAUCUCCAGUAUGAUGACGUCCUCGAUUGGAAUCAAAUGGUGCUUCACGAUGAUGCUUGGGGUGUCCUGCAUCUCUCUGCUGCUGUUGAUUUUGUACAUUCCUUCUGGCUAUGGAGAUGAUGCAGAUCAACCAAGACAAAAGGGGCUUCUUCGCAGCAGUGUGAAGCAUAUUGGGCAACGUCCUGAUGUGCUCGUAUUGUUUGCUGUAGCGCUGGUGAUGGGCAUUAGUGGUGGGUUUAUCGAUAGCUACCUCUUUUUGAACGUGUACGACUUGUCAGACGACGGCGCUACGAUCGUCAGCGUGUUUGUGGCGGUGCAGACACUGUCCGAGAUUCCAGUCUUUUUCCUAUCCAGUGCACUGAUCAAGCGAUUCGGUGCUGCGGUUUGCCUCUCCAUCGUCGUCGUCGCCUUCUUCACUCGCGAUAUCGUGUACGCCUACAUGGAGCAACCAUGGUUCAUCGUGCCGCUCGAGCUGCUUCACGGAGUUACAUUUGGGUUGUUACUCGCAUCGAUGACUACUUAUCUCUUCGACGCAGCUCCGAAAGGAGUUACUAGGACUAUGAUCGGACUUCUUUCAGCCUUCUUGCGUGGUAUUGGGGCAGGCAUUGCAUCUCUCGUCGGCGGAUAUAUUUGCGAUGAAUACGGCGUGCGCACGAUGUGGAAGAUCGGUGCGUAUGGCCUCGUUCCAGCAUCAUUUCUACUUGUUGGUGGUUUUGCGUGGCUGGCUCAUCGGCAUAAUGCGGCGGAGAGAGAACUUGAAAAGCAGCUCGUCGAUGAGCUCGAAUCCCCGAUCGAGAUCAACAAGGUAUCACCGCAGCAGGUUUGA